AUGGCAGAAAGGGAAGGAGCAAUAGUGAGGCAAGGCCAUGAAGAAGGGCUAAAACAGGCGACAGCCCUCCUGGAAGAGUUCGAGCUGCCAGGGGGCCUCCUCCCACUGGGAGAUGUGAUCGAAGUAGGGUUCGUGAGGAGCAGCGGGUACAUGUGGAUCCAGCAGAAGGCGAAGGUGGAGCACAACUUCAAGAUGAUAAGCAAGGUCGUGAGCUACGACACGGACAUAAGCGGCUACGUGGAGAAGAAGCAAAUCAAGAAGCUCAAGGGAGUCAAGGCCAAGGAGCUUAUUCUGUGGCCUCCAGUCAGUCAGAUAACCGUUGAUGAUCCACCCACUGGGAAGAUUCACUUCAAGAGCCUUGCCGGUAUCACCAAGACUUUCCCGGUCGAGGCAUUUGCUCCUGCCCAGUGA